ACGUGAGCCGAGCAGCCGAGCGUCUUCCGGAAAUUGCCGAACGCGUCUAUGUGUAAAAAAUCCUAGGUGGUCUGCUCUGCUCGCCUGGCGAAAGUGUAUGUGAUACAGGGGGUUUGUUUCCAAACCGCUCGCUUCCAUGUGCACGUCGAAGCCGUCGGGACCGGCGAGACCCGCGGCCGUGAUGUAGGAGGCACGCCCGUGGAAACGCCGAACCGACGCCCUGCGCGCCCGGCGCGACGAGCGGAUAUUUUACGUAUGGACGCAGCACCAGCACCACCGAUGCGGCGGCGAUGUUAGGCCUAAGAGUCGAGAGAUGAUCGACGCCGUUUAGGCCUAAACCGCUGCUUGUUUAUCGCGAAAGAAAACCCCCGGCGCGCCGACGCGGGGGCAUGGAUCCGAAGCUCGCACCGCGACGCGCCGCCGGCACACAGUGGGCGUCCGCCUGAGACGCCGAGAACACCGCGACCCGGGGCUGAACGAGGGAGUCGCCGGUAGCGAGCGGCCCUUCGGCCGCGCAAGCACCACCACCUCGACCCAGCCCGCUGCAGCCGCUGAAGGUUCCAAGUGCUUUUUUUCUUCCCUCCUUCGUAGUACUACCGUGCGCGUACACAAGGAAACGGCCAGGCAUGUCGGCUCACUCUGGAUCGCACCCGGUAUCGUCGACCGCGACGUUCGUCGACAAGAUCGACCCGUUCAAAAAGGGAUCGCUCAAGCGCAAGCAACGCAAAUCGCAGGGAUCGUCGCGCUACCGGUCCGCCAACGACGUCGAGCUCCAACCUCUGCCAUUGUUACGAGAUGUUGGUGCCGGGGAGCAGGAAGAGCUCCUGAUUCGCAAGCUGCGUCAGUGCAGCGUUGUAUUCGACUUCAUGGACCCCGUGGCCGACAUCAAGGGCAAGGAGGUGAAGAGGGCCACGCUGAACGAGCUGGUCGACUAUGUCACUGCUGGCCGCGGGGUGCUCACAGAGCCAGUCUACCCGGAGAUCAUACGCAUGAUUUCUGCGAACCUCUUUCGGACACUACCUCCAAGCGAAAACCCAGAUUUUGAUCCUGAAGAAGAUGACCCCACGUUAGAGGCCUCCUGGCCACAUUUGCAGCUUGUGUACGAGUUUUUCUUGCGGUUUCUGGAGUCUCCGGACUUCCAGCCAGCACACGGAAAGCGAGUCAUAGACCAGAAGUUCGUUUUACAGCUUCUGGAGCUCUUCGACAGCGAGGACCCGCGGGAGCGGGACUUUUUGAAGACGGUGCUGCACCGGAUCUACGGCAAGUUCCUGGGUCUUCGGGCGUUCAUCCGGAAGCAGAUCAACAACAUCUUCCUGCGGUUCAUCUACGAGACAGAGCACUUCAACGGGGUGGGCGAGCUGCUGGAGAUCCUGGGCUCGAUCAUCAACGGCUUUGCACUGCCUCUCAAGGCCGAGCACAAGCAGUUCCUGGUCAAGGUGCUCAUUCCGCUCCACAAGCCCAAGUGCCUCGGGCUAUACCAUGCACAGCUGGCGUACUGUGUGGUUCAAUUCCUCGAAAAGGACGCUACGCUCACAGAACAAGUCAUGAAAGGAUUACUAAAGUUCUGGCCUAAGACUUGCAGUCAAAAAGAGGUAAUGUUCCUUGGGGAGAUAGAAGAGAUCCUUGAUGUGAUAGAGCCAACGCAAUUCGCCAAGAUUCAGGAACCCCUCUUCAAGCAAAUAGCCAAGUGCGUCUGUAGCCCGCACUUUCAGGUGGCGGAGCGGGCGCUGUACUUCUGGAACAACGAGUACAUCCUGAGCCUGAUUGAGGAGAACAACCAGGUGGUGAUGCCGCUCAUGUUCCCCGCACUGUACCGCAUCUCCAAGGAGCACUGGAACCAGACCAUCGUGGCGCUCGUCUACAACGUGCUCAAGACCUUCAUGGAGAUGAACUCCAAGCUCUUCGACGAGCUCACGUCUGCUUACAAGGCCGAGCGGCAGAGGCGAAAGAAACGCGAGAAGGAGCGUGACGAGCUCUGGAAGCGGCUGUCCCAGCUCGAGCUGAACCACAAGUCCCGGCUGGCGGGCAAUAACGCUGUCGCGGGCGGCGGCGCAGCGGCGGCCACGGCUGGAAACUCUGCAGCGGCGGCGGCGUCCCCUUCCUCCCGUCCGGGCACCUCGCCGCCCACAAACAGUGGCGGCAGCAGCAGCAGCAACUAGCUUCUCUACUUUUCUCCUUUCUUUGCGCCGGCGGCGCCCCUCACGCCCCUUCUACACUCCACCGCCUCUCCAAGACACGCGAGGGACGACGACGACGGCCACGCUCUCUCUCUCUCUCCGCAAGAGGGGAGUGGGGAGGUUGCACCGCCAGGAAUCUAUGAUGGAGGACGAAGGAAGAAGUGCGGAGAGAAAAGAAUGGCGACAUUCCCCUUGCGGGAAUAGGUGGCGACAGCCUGCUCGCUUUUCUUGAAUUUUGUUUCCCCCUGAACCCUCCUCCUCCCCGGUAUAACUAUUGCGGUCGUUGCGUCUAGUUCCCUUAGUUCUUCUCUCCCUUCUCCCGAGCACUAGUGCCAUUGUCAAAACAGUGCUGCCACCGGCUUGUGUUUGUCACGCGAGGCUGGCUUUCACUGCAGCAGGAGAGACGGUCGAAAUGCUCUGGGACUAAAUUUCUGCGCAUGCGCCUAUGCCGUGGAGUGUUUUCGAUCCUCGAGCUGCUGGUUUACUACUACCACCUCUACUACUGCUUCGGGCAAGCUGUGUUUACUGGAUGUUUUUGUUUGGAAAGCAGCAGCAGCAGCAGUAGGCUGUUGAUUUCUUGUGGCGGUCCCGUCCCCUGCUUCGCUGAAAGCCACAGCACAGCUGCCUCGCCCGCGCCUGGCUUAAACUGCAAGUCGUCGACUGGACUGAAUGGUUAGACCCAACCCUGCUGCCUCUCUAAACCCCGAGUGUGUGCGUCUCCAAGCCUCGCACCGCUCUCCCGUUUCCCUAAGUUAUCCGCCGUCGUCGUGCGGCGGUUAGUGUGAUGACAAGGUGUGGUGCCGUUGCCGCGGCGAUGGGGCAGUGUGGCAAGCACUGUGUGUGCGUGCUGGCUGGGACUUUGGCAACGCUGUGCUGCGACGGUUACGAGAGUCAGAGGGAGCGGAGAGGGCAGCGACAGGGCACCACCUGCCAGAUUGCUGUGAAGGAAGCGGUGGACGCAGAGCUGGAACUAAGACAAAAUGUGACAGUGUUGAGCACGAUCCUUCUGUUUUUUUUUUUUUUUUAAAGUACUAUUCUUGUUUUCCAUCUGCUGUGUGUGCAUGUCCUUGUCCCCUUUUCCUUACUUCCUUCCGCUUGCCACCAGUGUCAUGACGAUAACUCUUGCACUGGACAACGAUAGUGGCCUGGGUCUACAUUUCUUUUCUUACUUUACUUUCUAGGCCUUUCUUUUUUACCCCUGUCUUUUGUUGUGCAGAACCUGCGUGUACAGCGAGUUCAGACCUGUUUUUUUUUUUUUUUCUGUUGUUGUUUCUCCACAGACUCUUGAUUGGUUUGGUUACCUGUGAGCCUGUAGCGAGUUGUUUGGACAUUGCGAAAAAAAAAAAAAAAAACGAACACGAAAGGGGCAUGGUGGUGUUGUUUUUUUCUUGUCAGUGGGUGUUCACAUUGAAUGGUCUUCUUGUUGCGCCUUUGUUUUUCAGGAAUUCAGUACAGUGCACUCUUGACAAAAACCGUGUGAGUAACAGAUGAGUCCGUACUGUCAUGUACAUAACAACCUCACUGUCAAACAAGGUUCUUAUUUGGGUUCACAUUUUGUUUGCUCUUUUUCUUUCCUGGACUGUAUGGCUACCCUUGGCAGUCAGGAGACCAAAGAGCAUUCGAAUGAAAUUGUGAAUGUUUACACUGCUGUUUGGUAUAAAGAAACACGCUAAAUUUGUUGUUCCCGCUGCUUCUCUGCGCCAAAUCAUCAAGAUGUAACUGAAGUCACUUGGAACGGUUGAAAUCCAUUGGACGGCUCCCGCAUAGCAAUGCCAUUAAUUUCUAAAUGCAUCAUCGUUUGUGCCGGAUCGCUUGCAUCUUCCUAAAUCUGACGCAGUCACACUGAUUGCCGCAUCCGGUACAUGUUGUUAAGCACCACCGAACGCUGCGAGCAAUGCUAUAGGUUGAGGACAUUGCAGUAGCUUGUAAAAGAUCAUGCUAACUUGCCAUACUGUUAGCUUGACUUGCUGUUUAUCAUGGUACUUAGUUUUUUGCAUCCACAUGUUUCAUUAUAUGCAGAGUGUGAUACGAGAACUUUUUAUUUUAGUCUGAGCUCGUGAUGUCUAGGGCUAGAGUAGUUUAAUUGCGUGAAAGCACAUCAAUUUUUUUUUAAUUGAGAUAUAUACUAGAUGUGGUGCAAACUUGCAGUAUAAUGUCAUAUCACUAAAUUGUUGCUGGCGCUUGCAUCGGGAACUGUCUCAACGCUGCGUCUUGUAAUUUACCCGUAGGUUGCGUUGUAGCUAAAGGCCCAGAAUGCCGAGUCAGUCUCGUAUGUUUUCAUACUAGCAACUGGUUAUGGGGACCGCGUUGUAACAGCAUGUCUGACUUAUUUCUGUCUUGCCCAGUUGGUUCCUGCUGAAAUUCUUGGCAUACAAGACUGCAUUUGUGCGCAAGAAUGCAAAAGGGGCUUUCUUAUAUACUUUCUAAUAGCAGUAAAGGAGCUUUUGCAGUGCACAUUUUUGAAUGCACAACCAUGUUGUACACACACUAUCAGUAACGAGAAUGCAGGUGAGAAGGGCGUUGCCCUUUCCGCAGUAGUCUCAAUCGCUGAAGCAUGGAUGCUGAACUGAGUCUGCUGGCAGACAGUGUGAAACAGGUCUGCUACAAUGGUUUCCCACCUCCCUUACCCAUUUAGGCACAGUGCAAUGAAUUUUGCCUUGUUUAGUGAUUUUGCGAUUGCUCUGCGAGGUAAUCUCCCACACACAAUUCAAUGCCGGAUAAUGGUGCGGGCCAUAAUUUGUCUGGGAGCUUUGCCUCCAUUAUGCCAAAUGUGUUAGUCAUGCAUCUCAAUUAUGUUUUUUUUUCUGUAAAACCUGUUGUGCUUGAACUAGGAAAGUGACGGACUUCUUUUGUUUGGUAUAUAGUAGGGAUUUUUUUUUCUAUUGAGUAGGAUGGAGCAAGAAGUUAGGCCAUAAAGCUUUGCAUCUGAGUAAACUGACUGGAUGUGGUCUGGUUGGAGCCUGCAAUGCAAGCUUCAGCGCACUAUCGCAAGCUGUUUUCACUUGUUUGUUUUUUCAAUCAUUUUGUUUUCUGGCGGGUAAUUUUUUUCAUUAAUAAUAUUAUUAAUAAUCUUGUGAAUAAAUGUAACAGUGAUGUCUGUGUGCAAAGGAGUUUACAAGCUGCAGUGCAUGAAUCAUCCAUAGACUUGAGGUAAUCACUGUCAAGAAGGAAACAUUCUGAUCCAACAAUGUUGUCACUGUCGGCAAUUGUUUGAGCGUCCACUACCUCUUGACACUGGAUGCUUGCGUCGUUUGGGAGUUCGGAACUCUCGUUACUCCGUUGAAGUGGCUACUAGUGACGAGGGAACGGAUGGGCUUUUCAAGCUAGCGAAAUCUUUUGAAUAACGCUACAUUAGGCGCUGGUACCAGCUACUGCAGGUUUGGCCAGGUGCGGGCUAUCAGUUUGGCUCAAACCAGUGACUGUGCUUGUCUAUGAUUGUGGCUUGUUUGGCUUUGGGUGGGUAGCCCUCGCAUUAACACAAACAUGGUGUGUGUCGUAGUUCUUACCGCAGUGAUACGUGGCCCCAAAUGAUGAAUCCACGAAUACGCGUUGUUGACCGGUGGCUCCUCACAGAAACUUCAUUUCGCCCACAUCCUUAUUUCAUUUUUUGUUUUUUUUCCCCCUCCCCUAUUCAUUCAUUGUAACCAGUCAUGUUUGGUUUUACCAUCUAUCAUUGUUCACCUCCCAUAGUCCGCAGUACCUGGGAAGCGUCGUGUUCUGCCAUCGAAGUGCCGUAUUCUGUGGAAAUCGCUGGACGGAGUAACCAACCCCUUCCCGUGACGACGACGCAAGUCGCCGAGUCUCCUGCGAAGGCGCCUACGAAUGAGUGGCAGUACCGUUUUUCCAUGCAACACUUUUGGCGUUGGCUGUUUCUUUGUCGUGGCAGGGGCCGCCUGACUGAUUGCACCACUUUGUGGGGGAACAGUUUUCCAAAGACUUUGUACACUUAUUCUCGCAUGGUCGUCACGUCCUCUGCAACGAGCCUUGUGCACUUUCUUGCUUCCCUUCCAUUCUCUCAGAGCCGUCUUUCCCUGGCGGGUGCUGUGGACCUAUUCAUUGGGCCCUGAUGGUUCCCUGGCGUUAAGUGAGGAGGGUGGUGGCUUUGAAAAGCAACAUUUUUGCAAGAUAGGGGUUGCGUGCCGUCCUGUUUCCCGUGGUCGAGAUUGGGGGGGAAAAGUGUGUAGUGUACGUGUGACUGCUAAAAGUGGAACCACCACCGGAAUUACGUCGGAUGACGUGGCGGUUAGCCGAGGACAAACUCGAAUCCAAGCUGUCUCGUCGUAGCACUCUUCUAGAUUUAUAUAAUCGGAUCGCCUAUAGUUUUCUUUAUUUGCAACGUUCACGACUACGACGGUAGUGCACGCCGGCGUCGUCAGGGGCCGCUGUGCAUCGAAGCCUGACGCGAUAUCGCGAGAGAAGGGAGAGGGGCUGUUGCAUUUCUAGGGUGGCAUUCCGGACACUGUCGAGUUCCGCCAUAUUUUCCAAUUCGCCAUCUUGUCAGGACUGCUCGGUUUGGACCGCAAGGCGGCUAAGCGUUCUCCGAUUGGCUGAAGAAGCAGAUAUGGCGGAAUUUAGCAACAAGAUGGCGGACAUUUUGUCCUGAAUAGCGCCCCCUGUACUCGGAAAGUGAUUCGAAUGAGACGGAGUGUUUAAUAGAACGAGCGAAAAAAAAAGCGCAAAUAUAUGCUUCCGGGGGUGUUCUUCCGGCACACACAAACUUUCCUUCUGACCUUUCCCCCACCCUUUCCUUUCCACAGCCGCCGUUCAAUGUGUAACAUACAAGUAAAUAGCGCAGUUCGUUGAGGUAGCAAGUUUUACUUUUUGACUUCGUCUGUGUAACUUGCCUGCUCCGCACAGCGUAGGGAUUUAAUGAUGCGGAAAGGAUACUGUGUGGAGCUUGUGGUAAAAAAAAAAAAAGAAGACGUACGUGGUUAUAAGGCGAAUGAGAUAAUGAAGUGUGGCCUGUUGUUUAUAUGUUUAUUUCUUCCUCUGCCCUUGCGGAGAUUUUUUUUUAUUAUUUACACUGUCUUGUCUUUGAUUUCCCUGACUUACUGUGAAGAGCCGGUGGUGAGAUACUGGCAGCGCCUGAUACGAGUCGCGUGACGAAGCUUUUUUUUUUUUUUUUUCAUUUUGUGAGAAACACCUUCACCCUUAAUUAUUAACUAUUAACCAGUGACUUGUAAAGCAUCACUUGUCACAAACUGUGAGGAUGGGUGAUGUGAUGUAUAAAAAUGAAAAAGGAGUAAUAAAAAUUUUGUGACAUGUCCACUGA